AUGCAUCUCGCGCGUGUCACUGCCCUUAGGACGCCUGCGACAUGUCAGGCGAAACGUCGGCACCCCAGCCAACGACGCGGCCGCUCAGUCGGUCGUCGCCUUGAGGAGGAGGCGAAGGCAGAAAGCCUUGGUCAAAUCGAGUGCAACCGCGCUGCGCGCAGCGAUAACGUAACAGACCUCGCUCACAAAUUCAACGGCAUGCACAGGGAGAAAGUAUAUACCUUCUUAGUGUACGGCCUGACCUUCUCGAAACGCUACCAGCGCGGACGGGCAGAGGGCGAGCAGGCGAGGAGCAUAAGCCGCUUUGGGUUUACCACACGCGUAUGGAGGGCGGGGGGGGGGUCGCGGCACCGCUACGCAAACGAAGAAGCGUCGAACGCCAUGAUUAAUCCCCCGGCCUAG